AUGACGGUGGGCGUUGUGGCGAGGACCGCGCGCGGAUGCUGUCGCGACGGUGGUGCGCAGCGCGGGCCUCUGGACACGCGUGCGUGCCGUCUCUCCCCACCGAUGCUCCUCUCCCUGCCUGCCCAGACAUCUUCUCUCUCUGCCUGCCCUCCCCCUCCGCCGCGCCUGAGCCCUGCGCACUGCCUGCCCGGCUGCGUGCAUGUGUGUGUCCCCGUCUGUGCCCAGCGCACCACUCAUUCACAGGGAGGACAGCGCCGUCGCCAGCAGUGCGCCUGCUGCCACAUGCGCCCAUGGCGCGCACGAACAUGCGCGCACACCGACGGCGAGGGGAGACUCCACAGCACCCAUCGCUCGAGCUGCGCCCUGUGCUGUGAAGCUCUUGCUUCAGUGCCCUCCCUGCCGUGCCGCCGCAACCGCGCCGCGACGUCUUGCCGAGAUGCGGAGGCGUGCGCCCGAAGUGGCCGCAGCAGCGCUUGCGUGUGCGCUCGCACCUGUGCCCCCCGCGUGGCGUGUGCCACGACAGGCGAUGCCGAUGCGCUUCUCCUGCCCGCACCGCGUCCGGACCGGUCAGCGGUGGGCACGGCGCCCCUGCUGUCGCAGCGCAUGAUGGGCGCCGGCGUCGUGCGGCUGUCCCGCCCUCGUCACGGCCAGCCGUUCCUGUGCUUCGUCGUGCGCGAUCCCAUCGUGUGCGCCGUGGCGAGGACGCGCACGCCGACGCUGCCGUGCCCGGCGCAUGCCUCGUUCUCGCUGCUGCACGCGGCGCUGGCGCACGCCCCGCCAAGCGGCUGUGCGCAGCGCUGGCCUGUGAAGGGGCGCGGUGUCCCGAGCACCGUCGGUGCUGGCGAGCUGCUGGCCGCGACCCCGUUGGACCUGACCUUCUCUGCGCACGAUGAGCUGCUCGGCGAUGCACAGCGCUGCGACCGCGUGGCGCGCACCUUCGUGCCAGCGGCAGACCUGUACCGGGCCGGGGGCGUGGUCUUCUCAGCUCGCACCUCCGCCACCGCUGCUGGCUGCGAGGCCGCGGCGCCGGUGGCGAACGCGCUUGUGUCCGCGCUCGGCGGUGUGCGCGGUGGCGGCGAGGACUGGCGGUCGCCGAGGUCCGCGUGUGCGCCGCUGACGGAGUGGCGGCAGCAGCUGUUGUGUGCGUGGCUGUGCUGUUCAGCGUGGGGCUGGCGGCGUGAGGACGCUGCUGCUGUCGCGCGCAGGCAGCGGCCCCCGCUGCGUGGCACACGACUGUCUGCGUGCUUGCGUGCAGCACCGCCCCCUGCAUUGGCGUGCGCGUGCGUGUCUCUGUGA